CCUAAAUGAGCCGAGGCCUUAUUCUUAGGGCCCUCCAUAAUUAUCCACAUUCCGUCAUUGCCCAUUCAUUCCUCUUCAUCAUCGUCGCCAACCUUAUCAGAAUCUCUCACUCUCUCGAUAACAACGCGAUACCAUACCUACCUUACCCCUUACUCGAGACACCGAACCUAUCUAGACUCUGUGUUUUCAUUUGCAACGACGGUCAGGUCAUUUGGCCAUCUUGCUGUUCUAUUGCUGACGCUCUCAUCGUCUCAAUUGUCCCAAUCCCUCUCACCAACCCCGCUGCUCGUCUACCGAGCCAUCUAAUAUCCCACAAUGGCCACUACCGAUGUCAUUCUCCAGGGCGUCAACGUCCUCGGGGCUGUUACGGAGUCUCAGCGCAACAUCUUGACGCCUCAAGCCCUCUCUUUCCUCGCUCUCCUCCACCGCUCCUUCAAUCCCACCCGAAAGGCCCUGUUGGAGCGCCGUAAGCUGCGCCAAGCCGAGCUCGACCGCGGCGUCCUCCCCGACUUCCUUCCGGAGACCAAGCAUAUCCGUGAUGACCCGACCUGGAAGGGCGCGCCCCCGGCCCCGGGCCUCGUCGACCGCCGCGUCGAGAUCACAGGACCUACCGACCGCAAGAUGGUCGUCAACGCUCUGAACUCCGAUGUCUGGACCUAUAUGGCCGAUUUUGAGGACUCCUCGGCCCCGACCUGGGAGAACAUGGUCAAUGGCCAGGUGAACCUCUACGAUGCCAACCGGCGCCAGGUCGACUUUAAGCAAGGGUCCAAGGAGUAUAAGCUACGCACCGACCGUAAGCUCGCUACCCUUAUUGUCCGCCCUCGUGGCUGGCACCUAGUAGAGAAGCACGUCACCGUCGACGGCGAGCCUAUCUCCGCCUCCCUCUUCGACUUCGGCCUCUACUUCUUCCACAACGCCCGUCAGACCCUCGAUAUUGGUAUCGGUCCCUAUUUCUACCUCCCCAAGAUGGAGUCUCACCUCGAAGCCCGUCUCUGGAAUGAUGCCUUUAACCUGGCUCAGGACUAUCUCUCCAUCCCCCGCGGCACUAUCCGCGCUACCGUCCUCAUCGAGACCAUCCUCGCCGCCUUUGAGAUGGACGAGAUCAUCUACGAGCUUCGCGACCACAGCUCUGGCUUGAACUGCGGCCGCUGGGAUUAUAUUUUCAGCGUAAUCAAGAAGUUCCGCCAGAACCCUAACUUUGUCCUCCCCGACCGCAGUGCCGUCACCAUGACCGUUCCCUUCAUGGAUGCUUAUGUCAAGCUCCUGAUCCAAACCUGCCAUAAGCGCGGUGUCCACGCCAUGGGCGGCAUGGCCGCCCAGAUCCCUAUCAAGAACGACAAGGCGGCUAACGAUAAGGCUAUGGAGGGAGUGCGUGCCGACAAGCUUCGUGAAGUCACCGCUGGCCAUGACGGCACCUGGGUCGCCCAUCCCGCCCUUGCCUCUAUUGCCACCGAGAUCUUCAACAAGCACAUGCCUACCCCUAACCAGCUCUUCGUCCGCCGGGAGGAUGUCCAGAUUGGCCAGAAUGACCUCCUCAACAUGAAUGUUCCCGGAAAGAUCACCGAGGAGGGCAUCAAGAAGAACCUCUCCAUUGGCCUUGGAUACAUGGAGGCCUGGACCCGGGGCGUGGGUUGCGUUCCCAUCAACUUCCUCAUGGAGGACGCCGCGACCGCUGAGGUUUCGCGCUCACAACUUUGGCAGUGGGCCCGGCACGGCAGCACAACUGCCGAGGGCAAGAAGGUCACCAAAGCGUAUGCCCUCAAGCUAUUGAAGGAGAGCGCAGACGAGCUGGCCUCCAAGGCCGGCCCGGGCAACAAGUACCACCUUGCCGCCCAGUACUUUGCAGGCCAGGUCACAGGCGAGGAUUAUGCUGACUUUUUGACUACUCUACUCUACGACGAAAUCACUACCGUGGAGGGCGCCAAGCCUGCUUCCAAGUUGUAAGCCGCCUGCACAACGAGCCCGAGCAAGGUUGAUCGAGUGUUAUGGUUCGCGGCACUGUCGACAACACCUAACGUAAAAAAAUGGGGUGGGCAAACAGAAAGGGGGGAGUCUUGGUUUCUGGCUGUUUGGAGUACUCUUCAUAUUACUGUUAUUGCAUUUCCCCCUCCCUGUCUUUGUCUGGGAUUGGCUUCUCUCGGGUCGAUACUGCGUUCUCCUCCGGCCGGAGUGAAAUCCUAUCCGUGAUCUAUGCCCUCCUAUUACAAGUGGCGAAACUGAAGAUUAUUCCCAGUUGUUAGUUAAGCCCUCUCGUCCGCUGCCG